CAGAUUUGUCCUGUCGUCUCUCUGGAAAAGUCCAUCGAAGCCCCUGCUGACGGCUGAACCUCGCUACAUGUGUUUGGUACAUAUUCACACAGAAGAAGAAGCUCAUGUGAGUUAUUCUGCAUGAUCCUGAUCUGGACCGCUACACACGUGAACAGAGACAGUCCGCCGUUUCUGUCGCUCGACAGGCCAAACUUUGAUUUCCAGUCCUUUGUUUUGACCUUUUUUGGAUCAUUAAAAUGUAGCAAUUCACACAGAGUCGCAAAUGGGAUGAAAUAUGAAUUUACUUUAGCCACAGAAAAGUUUGUUAUGAACUAGAAUAUAUAUGUUUUUCUCAUUUUGCAAACCAUCACAAUGGCCAACAAUUAAUUACUGUAAUUUAACUACUUAAUUUGUGUACAAAUAAAAGAAAAUGAAUGAAGCUAAAGCUGUUUUGUUUUAGACCUUUACUCUAGUUGUCAAGAUGUCAUUUUUAACAUCCAUUAAAAAUGUUUUCAGUAACACUUCAGUUUAGGGUCCAAAUCUCACUAUUAACGAGUUGCAUAUUACUAUGAUAUCUGCUGUUAAUUAGUACUUAUUAAGCGCAUAUUAAUGAUUUAUUCUGCAUGAUGAUAUUCUACAUUCUUGAUCCUUCCCCUAAACUUAACUUAACCACCUUAUAACUAUUAAUAAGCAGCAAUUAAGAGUUUAUUGAGGCUAAAGUUGUAGUUAGUAGUGAGAACUGGACCCUAAACUAAAGUGUGACCAUAUUUUCCUAAUAAUUUCUUAGUAAAUACAUGUCAAUGAACUUAAAUCUUUUACUUUGCAUCAUCAUCCUCAUUAUUAAUGUAUUUCUUUUACUAGAAAAACACAUUAUCUAAUAGCACUUAUUGGAGUUGACAUGAAGCAUACUAAAAGAAACGCAGGUUAUAGACAAAUGCGCUAUUGUUAUUAUCUGAAAUCUCUGACAUUUCGAGCAGGAAAGCCGUCGGUGUGAAAAACUCAUUAUUCUCCAAGCGUCAAAAGUCACGUGAAUCAUAUUUAUCGAGUCGGUUUUCCUUUAAACGCUGUAAAAUAUCAAUUGAUUGUAAGGUCAGGCCGAAUCCACACACAUUCACCGCUUGUGGCUUUGACGUCAUGCUCGCUCUCACGGUAACGCGCGCGCGCGCCCCCUAGCGGGCGUCAUCGCGCCCCGUGACGUCACUUCAGCACCGUAGAGGAGAAACAGCUCCUUCCGCUCGACUAAUGGACCCGAAUCCGUGAUCACGCAAUCCAGCUGAUGGAGCUCGAUCCGGACCGGAUUAAAACACACAUCGACCCCAGAGAAAAGCACGCGCGCGCGCGGUGAUCGAGGAGAGAGACGCGUUUACCGCGGAACCGAGAGCACAACAUCGGAUCCCACCCGUCACUUGACAACAGCAUCCUCCAGAGAUACGGUGUGUUGAAGAGCAGUGGUGCUCCGGAGAGAGUGGUGAGGGCCACUUUUCUGAAGGGUGGGUAACUCGUGGGCCACCCUCACCCCUUCUGCCCCCAUGGCUUGUGUCCAUGAGCAACAUGCCCCUUCCCCCUCCCUCUCAGGGUUCAGCACCCCGCUCUCCGAUCCCCCCUUCUGCCGGCCGGAUUCGGAGGUGCCGGCGAGCACCCCAGACACCGAACUCACCCCGACCCAAUGCGUCCUCCGUAACGUGCUCUCCAUCGACCCCGUCGGAGGCGGCAGCGGCACUCACACCCACAGCAACAGCCCCACCCUGAGCGACGAGCCUACCAACUUCUCCAACAGUGUGCUGAAGCUGCAGGAGGGCGGAGCCGAGGGUGGCGCCGUGCGCAACCAGGCCGACAGCUUCCGGCUGCAGGCGGGCGGAGGGGGCUUUCUGGAAGGCUUGUUCGGAUGCCUGAAGCCAGUGUGGACAAUGAUCGGGAAAGCCUACUCGACAGAGCACAAGCAGAGCCAGGAAGAAUCCUGGGAGGUGCCGUUCGAGGAGAUCUCCGAGCUGCAGUGGGUGGGCAGUGGGGCACAGGGGGCGGUUUUUCUGGGCAAGUUUCAUGGUGAAGACGUGGCUGUGAAGAAAGUGAGGGACAUCAAGGAGACUGAGAUCAAACAUCUGCGCAAGCUCAAACACCCCAACAUCAUUACCUUCAAGGGCGUGUGCACGCAGGCUCCGUGUUACUGCAUCCUCAUGGAGUACUGCGCGCAGGGGCAGCUCUACGAGGUCCUGAGGGCCGGCAGGAAGAUCACUCCGUCCCUGCUGGUGGACUGGGCCAUGGGCAUCGCCGGCGGCAUGAACUACCUCCACCUGCACAAGAUCAUCCACAGAGAUCUCAAGUCACCCAAUAUGCUGAUCACACACGACGACCUGGUGAAGAUCUCGGACUUCGGCACGUCUAAGGAGCUCAGAGACAAGAGCACCAAGAUGUCAUUUGCCGGCACUGUGGCCUGGAUGGCGCCGGAGGUGAUCCGCAAUGAACCCGUGUCUGAGAAAGUGGACAUCUGGUCAUUCGGUGUGGUCCUGUGGGAGAUGCUGACCGGUGAGAUCCCCUAUAAAGACGUGGACUCCUCCGCCAUCAUAUGGGGCGUGGGAAACAACAGCCUGCAGCUUCCUCUUCCUGACAGCUGCCCGGACGGCUUUAAGAUCCUGCUCCGACAGUGCUGGAACUGCAAACCCAGGAACAGGCCGUCGUUCAGGCAGAUUCUGCUGCAUUUGGACAUCGCCUCUGCAGACGUGCUCUCCACCCCGCAGGAGACGUACUUCAAAUCACAGGCGGAGUGGCGUGAGGAGGUGAAGCAGCACUUUGAGAAGAUUAAGUCGGAGGGCACGUGUCUGCACCGUCUGGAUGAAGAGCUGAUUAACCGGCGACGGGAGGAACUCAGGCACGCGCUGGACAUCAGAGAACACUACGAGAGAAAGCUGGAGCGAGCCAAUAAUCUCUACAUGGAGCUCAACGCCGUCAUGCUGCAGCUGGAGCUCAAAGAGAAAGAGCUGCUCAGGAGGGAACAGUGUCUGGAUAAGAAAUAUCCUGGUCUGUUCAAACACCACCCCUCGACCACAGUGGACAAACUCAUCAAGAAGAGAAGCGUCCCUCAGAAACUGCCGUCUCACGGCAAGAGGCCUGAUCUCCUGAGAUCAGAGAUCAUUCUCCCCAAGAUGGACGCUGGUGUGCUGCAGGUGACUGUCCCGCCAUGUUCAAACCGAGGACCUACCUCACCUAGUCGGGCCCGCAGGGUGAAAACCCGUCAUCGGAGGAGUGGCAGAGGAAGCAGCGGGGAUCUCUCAGGGCCUAAGCACCCUUCUGCCCCUGCUAGCCAAGAAAGAAAGCCCACGCUGUCCAACACGACGACGCCCGCUGCGCCCCUCACUGAAACGGCUUCAGGGGGCACCAUGAGGGAGGGCCAACUGGAGCCGCCCCCGCUGAAGCUGUCCUCGUCCAGCCCGGAUCUGCUGUGCUCCACCCGCCACGUUGAAGAUGGAGUCAGUGGAGCCACCACGACUGAAGCCCUGGGCAGAGAGACCAGUGGCGGGGCAGAAGCUGGGGCCGGUCUGGACGAGACUCCACCCAGAAGUGACACGGCCAGUGAGGAUGCCGCUUCACUGCCGUUCUCCAGCAGCCCUGAUUCGCCCUGCUGUGGCAGAAGUGGAGCGGUGGGCAGAACCCAUGCAGAGGAGAGAGAGGAGGGAACUGGUGCGGUGCGAUUGCCCAGAGGAUCCAGCGGAAGUCAUCUGACUCCAUCGGCCAUAUUGUAUCGAGCUGCUAUCACUCGCAAACAGCGACGUGGCGUUUCCUCUGAAGAAGAAGAGGGUGAAGUGGACAGCGAGGUGGAGUUACCAAGAAGACGACGGCCGACCAGUAUAACCAAGUGCCAAUCAGUAUCCACUUUCAGCUCAGAGAACCUGUCCGUGUCAGAGGGAGAGGAGGGCCACACCACUGACCACUCCCACAGCGGCACGCCAGAUGUGGUCAGUACCAACACAGACGAACGUCUGGACGACCGCAGCGAUGACCUCAUCUCCCAAGGGUCUGAGAUCCCUGUGGAUAUUACAGACCCCACUCUGUCUGAAAGAGAGGCCGCCGCCCUCGAACAGGAGAGGGCGAAUUUUGACUUGGAACAAAAUAUCCUGGAGACUCGCGCAUUAUGUGAGGACUCGGACUGUGACAGCGCUGAACUUGACCAAUCAGGGAGCGGAGAGCCGAGCCGUCCCCCGAGUGCAGGAGGCUGGGGCCAGGGGCCCCAAAACUGAAACACACACACACACACACACACAUGUGAACCCGUGCAAUCAUGCACACACAGGCAUCACACCAGCACACACUUUCACUUUUGGUUGCACCAAAGCGAAACUGAUUUUCGUGAAACACGUGUGCGCACACAUCAUCUGAGAAAUGCAGCGAAACAACAGUAAACACAAAACAACUAGCCACCUAAAGAACAAAUACACUGACACACUGGUCAUAACAACUUUGGGAUCGCAAACUGCCUCAUGACCAGGACGUAGCCACGGAAAAUAUAGGAAGACAAGUAGUGCAGCAAACCGCUGCUAGAGACGAGGAUUGCAGGAACUAUGUGAAAAGAUCAAUGCAAUUAAAAACUUCAGGGCAUUCCCAAAAAGCAGCAAUGAUGCUUUCGUUAAGUUUGCGCUAUUGUCGCGCAGAUAGACUUCCUGGUGCUACGAGAGUGCCGGAAUAAUGUCCGUUAAUGUGUGGAAGGCUUGUGGUUAGCAGUACGGUUUGAAGUCAAAGAGUCUAGAACGAAUCUGAAUGUGUAGAGCCGGAUGAAAUCUUCCUCCUUCGGCCUGGAUGAAGUAGUUUUGCCAAAACUGUACCCCAAUAAUCUGUUCAGACAUGACGUAAAUGAAGUGUGUUGCUCUCGGAUUGGGACUGACUUCACUACUAUGUACAGAUGCUUCCUUUCCAAAGCAUUUACAAGGUGCAUAUACAAAUGUGAUACUAUAAUGCCCUGAAUUUAUGUAAAUAUAUAUUUAGUAAGUUAAGUCUAAGAAUAAAAAAGAAAACUAUUUGUUAACGUAAUUUAACAAGAAGACAAUAAAAACGGUCCAGUUUCGACUAUUCUCCUGUGCUUGUGCCACCCGACCACGGCAGCUCAAACCGGUCUGUAAAUGUACAGUCAUAUAGUCAGGUGCAGGACCUUUGGAUGCAAGUAUACGCGAACACAGACUGAACGGCACAUAUAAAUGUACACGAUCUAUGAUACGGAGAUAUCUGUUCCAACCGUCUGCUCUCCUCUGACCUCUCGGAUUACCUUUCAAUACUUUUUCUUUCGUAGGGACAUGCAAUAUGUACAUUUCAACUAAUCUGAAGAAAGCACUUUUAUUUUCUGCACUGUAAAAAUAAAGUAAAACAAAUAAAUGACAAUAAAAAUAAUGUAUAUGAAUUUUAGCUUGCCAGAUGUAGGUCUGAGAAGGGUAAUGUCCUGAAGAACAAAAUGCAUGAUAUACAUUUUUAUGUAUUUUAAUUUUUAAAUCGAUUGUUUUUAUACAUCUAAAGAAAUGUUUGCACCUUUUUUACCUUGAAUGUGUAAUGUUGUGUUGCUUGUAGGCACUUUACAGUAGGAUGUUUAUAUACAUGAUCACUUUCUCAUGUUGCACUGAAAAUGUAUUUAAUGAUGGUUCCAUAGAUGCAAAUCUCCAGUAACAAGAGUAUGUAUGUAAAGACAACCUUUUAAAAAGUUUUUGAAGAUUGAAACACCUUGAACCACAUCUUUUUUUUCUGAUGAUGUUUCGCUCUAUUCUGACUGAAACUCACAAGUCCUCAAAUUGGUUACAUUUACAUAGACAGCAAUAAUCUGACUAUGAAUAAGAAAUUGCUAUGUAAAGAAAAAAUACAUUUUUCUGGCAUAUUCGCUAAAAGCAUGAAUGAACUGAGAUCAUUGAAAUCAUGUAAACACCUCAAUCCACCAUCCUACAGCAAACCAUCUGAUGACACCUUUUAUGUUUGUGAACUUGUAAAAAUAAAAUUAUAUAAUUAUUAAAUAACUGCUAAGCUACAAAAA